AUCAGCUGUUCUCGAUACCGAAACUUUACUUCUUCUCAAAUUCCUAAUUGUGCUUGCUAACAAAUAUAGUUAGUAUUCUUAACAAUUGUUGUGAGCUAUUGCAACAAUCGUUGUUUCUUCUGCUUUGUGAAUUACGGUAUUAUGAGAGUUCGAAAAUAUAGGUGUAACCUAAAAAAGUGACAGUUUGGCAGAGUUGCAAGUUUAUGCAAUACAACAAUUUAUUAUAUAUAAUGAGACUGGAAAAUUUAUUCUCGUAUCGUCAUAGUUCUAUAAAAAACAACAUCAUUGAGUUGUACUGUUUCGUGUGCUCUGAGAAUGUAUCGCAAUAACAACGGUCAACCACAUCGCUCCCGAGCAGGAAAUGCGAGAAUUCGUGGGAGAAAUGGUGGCGAAAAUGAUGAGGCCGAGUGGCAGCCAGCAGAGAAUGUACCGAGCUCCGUUUCUGAACAAUUCAGAGAAUCAUGGCUUACAGCUAUUAUAGGAUCUUUUCUAUUUGCCGCUGGCAUGUGUCUACUUUUCUGGAAUGAGGGACGAGCAGCCAAAGUAGCUCAUUCUUUGGAUGAAGCACUGGGAAACGUAGCAUUGAUAACUAAUCCAAAUGUAAUUCCACCUGACAUCGAAGAAGGUCGUUUGGUGCACUUGAGCGGAGAGCUGUCCGUCGGGGAGCCAUUGACAGAACCGGAGUACGGGGUUGUAGUCGCUAGUGUCAAGCUCAAGCGUAGAGUUCAGAUUUAUCAGUGGAUCGAGAUGGAAGAAGAGAGAAGCUACGGUGGUGUUGUGGAGGAUGAAAAACACUAUUAUUACACGACAGAAUGGAAGGACAAGUUGAUAGACUCGGAUCAGUUUUAUAUAAGAACGGGUCACGAAAAUCCGAAACAAGUUCCAAUAAGGAGUCAAACUCAAAUAUCUGAGGAAGUCAAAAUUGGAGCUUUCACAUUGGGUAUUGAGAUGAAAAAGAAAUUUUCAGAAUUCGUGGAUAUUACCAGUGACGAAAGACCGGAACGACGAGACAUCAAAAUGCACUCUGGGCUAUAUUAUCACAGCGCUGAUCUAUGGAAUCCUCGAGUUGGUGACAUACGAAUAUUAUUCUCAUACGCGGGGAAAGCUGGCGAUACAUAUUCCGUUGUUGGGAAAUUAGUUAGCGGCACAAUCGUGCCAUAUGUGACGUCACGAGGUGAAGAAAUAUUGUUGCAAAGAAAACAUCGAAUGACUGUCGACCAGAUGUUUCAUUUAGAGCACGUACGUAAUUAUUGGCGUACGUGGACAAUCAGGGGUCUUGGUUGGUUAGUACUAUUCUUAGCAGCAACGUGCCUUGCCAAUAUACUACGUACGGUCAUUCUGAAUUCCAAUUUCUUAUGUGGAAUAAUCUCCAUAGAUUCUCUCACAAUGUCGGUCUCAAUGUCCAUCAGUUUAUUAAUAAUAGGUUUUGCUUGGGUCUGGUAUCGACCAAUCGUUGCUCUAUGUUUGGCUCUGGCCUCCAUUUUACCAUUUAUUCAUUCGACUCUCUUGUCCCGGCCUCGCGAUCCGCAGGAACGUGACAAUUACAGGAGGCUUUAACGAGUAUUACUAAAUCGUAUUAGCCGCGUGAAAAGUAUCAUCGCACAAUGUCAUUUACUCAUUCAACAAUCUGUUGACUCAUCGUCGAACCAUCGAUGUUAAUGGACCUAAAACUAGAACAUUAUUGCUCAGAAUUUUUCUCUCUGUAGACUUUAAAUCUAGCGUACCACAAAGCCAAAAACAAUCUGUGUUAUAUUUAUUUUUACUUUAGAAUAUAAUUUUUUUUCCAAUAAAGGAAUAUUUUAGAAAAAGGUCAA